AUGAAGCAAUUAGACGGAUUUCACAUCAUGGUUGUUGCAAAAUAUUUUACAACAAUUAACGACCUUAUUUCGCUUUCAAUGGUUUGCAAGAAAUAUUCAGAAACACUCAGUAAGUUUCAUUACAAUCCGGUACCUUUGACAUUGAAAACAAUAAAAUAUUUCGACCAUUUAGAGACUUUAAUUCUCUGGCUUUUUAUACCAAAUAAUAACAAUUAUCUGAAUUUUUCAAAAAUGAAUUCUGUGUUUUUUAAAAAUUAUUUCCAAAUUGUUGUUUGCGAAGAAAUUGAUUACAAGACAGUCACAGACACACUCAAAAUGUAUUCCGACAAUAAGUUUUCGACUUCCACAAAUUCGCAACAAAAGAAAAUGAAUAAAAUUGUUUUUAAAAAUGUGGUAUACACACAGACAGACAACCAACUCAAACUACCAAUGACUGAACUUAUCACCAAUAUUGGGUUAAACUGUUUUUCAAAUGACACGACUAUGACUUCAAUUCAUAUUCCAAUCAGUGUGACUUGUAUUGGGGUUCACUCAUUUUCGCGUUGCAAUUUAUUACAGACGAUAGUAUUACCAAAGUCACUCAGAACAAUUGACGAUGCUGCUUUUGAUUCGUGUACUUUCAAAGAAAUCGAAUUUCCAAGUCGCCUCACGUCUAUAUGCAAUUACGUGUUUGAGUAUUGUCGCAAAUUGUCUUCAAUCACAUUCCCAAAGCAUUUGAAAUCAAUUGGAGUUAAUGGAUUUUCGAACUGCGAUUCCUUGAAAAGUGUGUCAUUGCCAAAUACACUGAGCAACCUUGGUAUUUCGGCUUUUGAAAAUUGUGAAAGUUUGAGUGCAGUGACUUUAUCAACUCGUUUAGAUGUAUUGAGCGAUUCACUUUUUCGAAGUUGUGUAAAUUUACAUAAAAUAAAAAUUCCACAAAAAGUCAAACGAAUUGGAAUGAAGUGUUUUUAUGAUUGUUCUACGUUGAGUAUAAUUCAAUUAAAUGAUAGCCUUCAAUUUAUUGGAGAAAGUAGUUUCGAAUGUUGUUCGUUAUUACCUUCGAUUGAUAUCCCAGACACAGUCACUUUUAUUCAAAGUUCGGCGUUUAAAAGUUGCACUUCUUUAAAGACGAUAACCCUUUCAACGUCGUUAACCAGUUUACCUCCAUUUAUGUUUGAGUAUUGUUUUUCAUUGUCAAAUAUAGAAAUACCAUUCAAUGUUUCUUUAAUUGGGGAAAGUUGCUUUGAAGGGUGUUGUUCACUCAGUGAAAUUUAUAUUCCAGAAGGUAUUAAAUUUUUACCAAAAAGUUGUUUUAAUAAUUGUUCUUCUCUUUCUGAUAUUAGCAUACCAUAUACAGUCACUGAAUUUUAUAAUAAAUGUUUUGGUGGAUGUCUUUCUAUUACCAAUUUUGAUAUUCCAGAAAAUGUCGAACAAAUUGGAAACAAUUGUUUUGAGGGGUGCACAAAUUUGAGUAAAAUUACAUUCAACGACAAUGUGAAAUGUAUUCCGGAUUACUGUUUUUCUUGUUGUCAAAAAUUGGAAACAAUUAAACAUUUGGAAAAUAUAAUUAGUAUUGGUGAGUAUUGCUUUUCAAAAUGCGUUAAUUUGAACUAUAUCGAAUUUGGAGAAAAUUUAAAAUUUUUGAAUAAAAUGUGCUUUGACAUGUGCUCGAGUUUAUGGGGAUUUAAAAUGCCAAUGAAUAUGUUAGAUCUUAGUUUAUCGGAACUGGGAUUAAAAACAAAACAGAUCAAGUGA